GCUCGUCCGCACCAGGAAGGAGGAAGAGGAAGAAGGAGAAGACGUGGGACGAGAACGAGGCACUCGGAUGCUUGUAAAUUAUUUCGGAACUAGGCUUAGAGGUUGUUGAUGGCCAGGAGGCUUAAUGUCGCUUUGGCGCACGUUGCUACGACGCACAUUUUCUUGCGAUUCUUUUAGAAAAUUUUCCAGCUCUUGGAAUUCAUUGGCAUUGGAUUUGUCGCGGUGCUUUUGAGCUGUGCCCUUCGAAGUGAGUGCAUUUAAGCAGCUCGGGACGUUCCCCGCGGGUGAUUCUCAUUUUCCGUGAAUUCCUCCUGAUUGGGUGACAUCUCCUCGCACUGCAUGCAACUGCAAGCGCGCUCUUCAUCAAUGUAUUGAACUGAAUGCUUUAGGAGGUCUUCCUAUUGUCCUCUCAGGCUUGUUGUAAUCAUCAGAAGCACCAGGUCAAACAGACUUUGUUAAGAUGGCAAGUCUUGCAGUAGGCCUGAUUUUAGAGAAGAUUGCCUCAAAAGAUAAGGAUUUUCGGUAUAUGGCUACAUCUGACCUGCUCAACGAGCUUCAAAAAGAUAGUUUCAAAUUAGAUACGGAUACUGAACGUAAAGUGUCACAAAUAGUUCUUCAGCAACUGGAUGAUGCAUCUGGAGACAUAUCAGGACUUGCUGUCAAGUGCUUAGCGCCUUUGGUGAAAAAGGUCCACGAAGGUAGAGUUGUGGAGAUAGUGGAAUCCCUGUGCCAGAAGCUUCUGACUGGAAAAGAGCAACAGCGGGACACUGCCAGUAUAGCACUGAAGACAGUAGUGGCUGACAUCCCCAGUGGAAAUGUCGCACAGUCCGUUGUCGUCUACCUGACCCCUAAGCUGAUCAAGGGCAUAACAAAUUCGGACACAAGCACAGAGGUGAAGAGUGAGUGCCUGGACAUCUUGUGUGAUGUACUCCAUCGUUUUGGAAGUCUUAUGACUAUAGAUCAUGAGAAGCUGGUGAAGGCACUUCUCAUGCAACUCAAUUUGCCACGUGCUGGCCUGCGAAAGCGUGCUAUCCAGUGUCUUGCGACUCUGGCUACAACCAUGUCUGACGACCUUCUCGCAAAAGCAACGGCUAACGUUGUCCAGAUAUUGAAGAACAAAGAUGUGAAACCAGAUAUGAUUCGUACAAAUAUCCAAAUGAUUGGGGCAUUCUGCCGUGCAGUUGGUUAUAGGUUUGGUCCACAUUUAAAUGAAGUUGUCCCACUCCUUUUUUGCUAUUGCAACAAUGCAUCAGAGAACGAUGAUGAACUACGGGAGAACAGCUUGCAGGCGUUGGAAAGUUUUAUUUUACGAUGCCCCAGAGAUGUUGCGCCUCAUACCGACUUGAUUUUAGACCUGGGGCUGAAAUAUUUGAGUUACGAUCCCAAUUUUACGGAUGACAUGGAUGAAGACCAGGCUGAAGAUAUGGAUGGCGAAGAAGAUGAAGAUGAAGAAAGCGCGGACGAGUACAGUGAUGAUGAAGAUAUGAGUUGGAAAGUACGAAGAGCUGCAGCGAAAUGCGUGUCAGCAGUGAUCUCUUCACGACCCGAGAUGCUUGCCACGCUUUAUGUUGAAGCCAGUCCAAAGUUGAUCGAGCGUUUCAAGGAGAGGGAGGAAAAUGUUAAGAUUGAUGUCUAUAAUGCAUUCAUUGAUCUUCUUCGGCAAACGGGAAAUGUCACCAAAGGCUCUGGAGGUCUUGCCAAUCCAUCUAGCAGCCCUUUGCAUAUUCUGCAACAGGAAGUGCCUAAGGUCAUCAAGUCUCUGAACAAACAGCUCCGUGAAAAAUCUUUGAAGACAAAGGUGGGGGCGUUCUCUGUUUUGAAGGAGCUAGUCAUGGUGCUACCGAAUUCUCUGUCUGAGCAUAUGGGCUCCUUAGUUCCAGGCAUUGAGAAAGCAUUGAAUGAUAAGACUUCAAAUUCAAACCUGAAAAUUGAGGCUUUGGUGUUUACUCGUUUGAUUAUGGCUUCUCAUUCGCCAACAGUCUUUCAUCCGCACAUUAAGGCCUUGUCAGAACCUGUGCUAGCUGCUGUUGGAGAGAGAUAUUAUAAAGUUACUGCAGAGGCUUUAAGAGUUUGUGGCGAGCUUGUGAAAGCAAUUCGUCCAAAUUUUGACAACCCUCCUGCCUUCAACUUUGUUCCAUUUGUGCAACCCAUUUACAACGCCAUCUUUAAGAGGUUGACUGCUCAAGAUCAAGAUCAGGAAGUCAAGGAAUGUGCAAUAUCUUGCAUGGGGCUCGUCACCUCCAUUCUUGGAGAUCAUCUCAAGAAGGAACUGAACACGUGCUUACCUCUGUUGUUGGAGCGUUUGCGAAAUGAAAUCACAAGACUCACAGCUGUUAAGGCGUUUGCAACCAUUGCAGAGUCUCCUUUGAGCAUAGACUUAUCCCCAGUCCUAGAGCAAGUCGUUACAGAGCUGACAACGUUCUUGCGCAAGGCGAACCGAACUCUGCGACAGGCCUCAUUGUGCACUUUGAACUCGCUACUUACGGCUUACAGCAACAAAAUUAGCCCAGCCAGCUACAAAUCCAUUGUCAUAGAGUUAUCUUCCCUAAUCAGUGACGCAGACUUGCACAUGACAGCGUUAACAUUGGAGUUAUGUUGCACCAUGAUGGUUGAUGAAAAACACCACUCCAAUGCUGGUGCUGCUAUUCGGGAACGUGUAUUACCUCAAGCCCUCGUCCUUGUUAAAAGUUCGCUACUACAGGGUCAAGCGUUGCAGACUCUUCAAGCCUUUUUUGCGGCUCUAGUACUAUCGACAAAUACAAGUUUUGAUUCACUAUUGGAAGCUUUGCUUUCCACUGCGAGGACCGCGUCUCCUGGUGGGCCUGCCAGUAAGCAGGCAUUUCAUUCCACUGCGCAAUGUGCAGCCGUAUUAUGUCUGGCAGCAGGAGAGAAAAUGUGCUCUCAAACUGUGAGCAUGUUGUUGACCACUUUAAGGUCGAGCGAUGGAACGGAUGCAGCGCAGUUAUUGUCUUUGUUAUGCCUAGGGGAAAUAGGAAGGAGAAGGGACCUGAGUAGCCACUCCAACAUAGAAGGGGUCGUGAUUAGAUCUUUUCAGUCUCCAUCCGAGGAGAUUAAAGCUGCCGCGUCAUAUGCAUUGGGUAAUAUUGCUGUUGGUAAUUUGGCUCAGUAUCUGCCGUUCAUUCUCAGCCAAAUCGAUCGCCAGGCUAAACUUCAAUAUCUACUGCUUCAUUCGUUGAAGGAGGUUAUAUCACGUCAAGCUAUGGAUGGUGAAGCGAAAGGAAACAUGGAUUUGCAAGAUGCAGAUGUUCAGAAAAUCCUGAGUUUGCUGUUUACACAUUGCGAGAGCGAAGAGGAAGGAGUUCGCAACGUAGUAGCAGAGUGUCUGGGAAAGCUGGCUCUUAUUGAACCUGAGAAGUUGGUACCAGCUCUUAAGGAACGUACAGCUAGUCCUUCAGCUUAUACAAGGGCGACAGUGGUUAUUGCAAUUAAAUAUACAAUUGUUGAGCGACCACAGCCUAUUGACUCCUACGUCAAGUCGUGUAUAUCAUCCUUCUUGCUACUUAUUAAGGAUGUAGACAGACACGUGCGGAGGGCUGCAGUGUCAGCAUUGAGCACAGCAGCUCACAACAAGCCUGCUCUUGUGAAGGAGUUGCUACCUACGUUAUUGCCACUCCUCUAUGAUCAAACAGUAGUCAAGAAAGAGCUCAUCAGGACCGUGGAUCUUGGUCCUUUCAAGCAUAUUGUGGAUGAUGGGCUGGAACUCAGGAAGGGAGCCUUUGAAUGUGUGGAUACCUUGCUCGACAGUUGCCUUGAUCAGAUCAAUCCUUCAUUUUUUAUCACUCCUCACCUGCUGUCUGGUUUAGCAGAUCAUUACGAUGUGAAAAUGCCAUGUCAUCUAAUCCUAUCAAAGUUGGCAGCCAAGUGCGGAGGUGCAGUUCUAGCUGUGAUGGAUGCGCUUGUGGAGCCAUUGGAAAAAACUAUCCAACACAAAACAAAACCCGAUGCUGUGAAGCAAGAGGUUGACCGUAAUGAGGACAUGAUCCGAAGCGCUCUUCGUGCAAUUGAUUCUCUGAAUCGGAUAAGUGGGGAGCCUACACCUCGAUUCAAGGCUUUCAUGAACCAUGUGGUCAAGGUAGGUUCGCUUGGAGAGAAAUACAACGUGGUGCGUCAUGAGAGCGACACUUUGGGUGCUGGGGACAUUAUGGAUUUGAAUUAAAUUAUCCGCUACUAACGUCCAAGGUCGUCAGCUACCUACAACGCUACUUAUACCUGCUCCACAAGAGUUCUGAUCCGGGAUUGCCCAGCGUAGGUCGUUCUCUUCUAGCUCGUGUCUCAGUGGAAUAGCAGGUUCACGAAUUGACUGUAUACAGGUGAGCAAUGUGCGCAAGCAUUGCAAUCUGUAGGUGAAUAGAAUCCUUUGGUAUCUACUUGAGUUGUUUUUGCGGGUCUAUAUAUGAAAAUAUGAACUUCACCACUGGCCGAGCUGGCUUGAAUGUGAAGUAUUUAGCAAUAGCUCGUUUUCUUCUCAACUUAAUUUUCCUAGUGCUUCUUUCACUGUCCUUCGGUAGGUUGCGUUUUGCAAGCGUAGCACUUAAACCCUGUAUGAUUAUAUUGCAAAUGCAGGGUAGUCUGUUCAUUUGGUUUGCGAAGUUGAGGAAUUGUCUAUAUCAGUAUUAUGAUCAUUUGAUCCUUUUCCAUAAUUCAGUCAAUUGUGCAGAGGGA